UUUUUCUGAUCGAAAAUAAACUCUGAAUUAAAUGUACGUUCAAUUUUUCUAUAAUUUGAAGCUUGAGGCGAUAGGUAUUAAACAAAUUCUCAAAAAUCACAAAAUCACUAUUAGGGUGUUGAUUUGACAUUACAUUUUUUCAUUUACAAUUGAGUGACAAUCCGACUCGCAACUUCUUCGAAAAAAUGCAAAGUGUAUAACAAUUAAAAUGUUUUUUCAUUUGACCAAAGAUUGUAGUUACCCUCGAAGUAAACACUCUUCAAUUCAAAUGAACGCUGUUAGAUGGCGCUGGACGUAAAUUCGAAAAAAUCGUUUGAUAUUAAAUUUAGAUACAAAUAUACGUGUAUAUCUAUAUAUACGUGUUUUUGUGCGCAUUUUCCGUCGUUCUACUGGAGCUGGAGCGCGUUUGUAAAGGGAAAAUAUCACGAAUCACAGCUGAUGGGGAAAUAUUUCGUUCCUGAAUGACGUCACAGUAAAAAAGACAGUUCGUGUAUGCGCGUUCGAUCAGCGGUUGGUCUUUCGUGAGUCUCGGGACAAACUCGCUCACGCAGUACCGGAUUGAACAAUCCGAAGAACGGUUGCUGAUGGUUAGGGCUAACCAGUAGUCGUCUAGCCACCGCGGGGGCAGGUUUCAUAUAAUUGUAUUAUUCUUUUUUAUUUUCUCGUAUACGUCAAAAAUUUAGUCGUCGCAACGAGCGUAGCAGAUGCAUGCGUCAAUAACGGACAGUUUUAAAGACGCGUCAGUUGGAAAUCAUCGCGAAAGACAGAAAAAAACUUGUAGAAAAAAACAAAAAUUUGAUACCACGGUCGGGGAGGGGAAAAAAAGCGGUGCUUCCGCGGUGCCCUUUUAUCGUACCUGUGGAAACCUCUACAGGACGAUCAGACUCAAAAUAAAAAUAAAAAAUGCCGUUCAUCUCCAAAGAUUGGCGAAGUCCGGGUGAGGAAUGGGUCAAAACUGUUGAGGGUUGGGAGAAAAAAAAGAUUCUCGAGUGCGCAAACAAUAAAACUAUAUCGCUUCUGAUCCGGAGCGAGAAAGGUGGCGAGAAGAGGGAAAAGGAAAAGAAGAAAGAAUAUGCCGUCCAACCGCACUGUCACAUAACGCUAAAGUGCACCCGCGAGAUCGCCGGAUUCAAUGGACUCAGCGAUGCACUGAAAAGACUCGAUUUUUUGUCGGCGGUUCACGACUGUCGUCGCUUCAAUUAUAUCGUCAGACUCCUCGAUCUCCUCGUCAGCCACACUAUGGGAGGACUCAGCGGAUGUGCCCAGCGGGUGCUCUUCAAUAUGCUCGAAGAAGUUGCCCUCGAAGUUUCCUUGUCCCAACAACAAACCGGUAGAUUGCGAAGACUCGUCGAGAGAGUCCGAGCUUUUAGCGCCGGAUGUUGCUGGGGUGGUAGGCCGUUGGGCUCCGUUAUACUCUGGGAAAAGCACAAAGCAGCCCUCGACAGAAUUUUACAUAUCGCUUCGUCCAUCACCAUUACACAGCCCGAUGAAGAGCAACAGCCCCAGUGGUCCGAUUUGCCAGCCGAAUGCCGACGGGAAGUUCUUUUACGUUUGAGCGACCCUCGAGACCUCGAAGCAUCCUCUGAAGCGUGCGAGCACCUCGCGAGCCUUGCACAGGAACAACGAAUUUGGCGCGAGUUAUCUCAGUAUCAUUUUUCACCCCAACAACUUGGCACUACGAUUCAGAAUAAUCCGGGCAAAGAUUGGAAGGGACUUUUCGCAGCCGCUCGGAGGUCUUUCGGGCUGAGGGAGGAGUACGCCGAAAUGAUACAGCUAUGUCGUAACUGUCGUUGUUUAUUUUGGCGGUCCCUGGGACAUCCGUGUAUCGCCGAUCAGGAUCCAGCCUUUCAAGAAAAACUAGCGGACGUCGAUCAGGCCUCGCUCCAUGUUCCGAUACCGCCUCAGACUUUCCUCAAAUUUUUCUCGCUGUGAAAGCUCUCCCCGAUCUGAAAAUACGUAGUAUUCUCUUCGUUGCUGUUUAACGCAAAAACGGGGAUAAAGAGUGUAAAAUAAUGUUAUUGCGGGGAUGAAUGUGCAUGCGUGAAUACAAGGAACUCGAAAAAGCACUUGUGAUUCGGGAAAGCACGAGAAAUCAAAAAGUCUUCUCGAACUUUCCAUAAAUUGACUAUAAACGAAAAGUCAAGGUUUUAGUCCUUCAAAAAUUGAAUGCUCGGCUCAUUCGAAUUACUAAAGUCUCCAUUUUUUUUAUUUUCUUUCUUUCUCUUUUUACGAGUGGAAUAAAGAAUUCCCGGGCGAAGUUUGAUGCCGCGGAAUAAUGCGAGUUGAACGAUUUGAAAUUGCUAGUCUGUUUCUUCUCCGUAGCACGAUCGAUAUUGCAUGUGAGAAUUCACGGUAAUCGAUAAAUCGAGCGUGGAAUGUUUAGUGAUAUUCUCUUCGACCGGUGUACGUCCGCCGGUCUAAACACCAUUAAAGUUCCAUUAAUUAAUAUUCUUAUUUUUCGCCGUUCUGCAAUUACCGAGUUCCUUUAACGAUAUUGUGUGAUUGAGAGUGAGACUAUUCCUGCCACAAAAACGAUCGUAAAAGUUAUUGUUGUGCGUCUUUUAUAAAUUUUCGUAAUUUUCGUCUUCAAAAGGUCCAUCCUGAGUUUGCUCGGGAACAGGCGUGCGGAAUUUCUCAUGAAAACUUAUCCAAAAUAGCCAAAUGUCGAAAUUUCUAAUAUUCCAUUAAUUUUCGAUGGAAAAAAGUAAAUUUCGUUAAAAAAUUCGUUUUUCCUACAUGCGGAAUAAUUAUUUUUCAUUUGGAUCAUGGCUAUUAAAAUGUCCAAAUAUUGAGAGCGAUCCAGAAUCGUAAUUCCUACAAUUCGAUACGUACCACGGGCUCGCAACGAUUUUUUUCACGGUGCUUUUUGGUAGCUUUUUUUUACAUAUUUGUUAAUACAUUAUUUACUCGUAAGAACCGUAUGAUUGUAGACAUAAGCUACAUGAAUAUGUGCAAUCAUUCGAGUUCGGAGAGCUUCCGCAAAGCGGUUGUCUCUCAAACAACGAUAAACGAGAAAAAAAAUCCUAUUUACACGGUUUAUAUUAUGUGUUUAUUAUUUUAAAUACACUCUAUUCUUUCAUUUAAUCGUCGAAAUGUUCAUCGCAUCGAACCAAUUCGAGUUAUCAUUGCAAUAGUUCAUGUUACAAUACGUAACUUAUAUAUGAUAUACAAUCGCGCUCUUUACCCAUAUACAAACGUAUGAUGAUUUUUUAAAUUAAAUUAUUACACGCUUGAUUGAAAAAUCUGAUCGGGGCGAAUCGACAAAGCAAAAAAUUAUAAAAAAAUUUAAAAGUAAAAUUUACUGCCAAACCAAGAAUGCUAUUGCGUUUACGUGAAUUUACGUAUUAGCCAUAAAUUUCAGUUGUAUACGAAACACAUAUUUCAAGUAAACCAAAAAAUAUAAUUCUCAUUUUUUGUAUUACAACACUAAUGGAAACGAAGUGAAUAUUGUUAAAAUCGUUUUUUAAAUAAUUUUCAAUGAAAAAUAUGCGUUUGAUAAGAAUUCGCAAAAUAUAUUGCAAGUAUACGUGUAUAUAUGUACACAUAUAUAUAUAUAAACCCAUACAUGUAUGUAAAGUGAUCUCGUUGGUGACGAUUUUUCACACUUACUUUUUGAUGACUGACAUCAAAGUGCUCAUAGAAAAUUUUUUAAAAAAUUCUCAAUAUCAAGAUUUUUAAUUGUUUUUAGGUCAUAAUGUUAGGAGCGGUGGUCAACAAGGUUUCAAUUUCAUACGGGUUUAAUACUAUUUUUUAUAAUAUUGAAUUUCAUAUAAAAUUCAAAACCCGCGAACCCCUAUUCCUAGAAUUAUUACUUAAAAGUCCGGAUUUUUAAAUUUGCAAAGAUUACAUUUAUUUUUUAAUGAGGAUCGUCACCAAAGAAACCACUUUGCAAACUUAUGCAUAUAUACAUAUAUAUAUGCUUAUAUAUGUUGACACGGUAUAUUUUACUAACCUAGUCACUGCGUAGGCAGACCAAAUCGUCAUAUGGUCUAAAUCACGAGAAAAUUAUAGGAUAUAGUCAACAAUGAAAAGAAGAACAUAAACUGAUAAUAUGGACGAUACUAUCACAACCGAAUUACGAAAAAAAAAACCAUAGACGCGAAAUAAUUGAAUUUAUGAAAUUGUAAAUGGCAGCUUGAGAAUGUAAAGUUGAAAAUCUACGCCGUUUCCGUUAUCGGGCGCGUACUUGUGUAGUUAAAAAUUGUUCGUCUCAACAAAUAUGUUCUCCGUUACUACUAUCACCACCGACGAAGCUUUACAAAAAAUUCGGAGGGAAAAUAAAAAUGGACCCGCAACCGUAAUAGUAUAUGUUACGCCGCAAAGGAGAGAAAGUUAACCAUUUCAAAUCACGGGCAAAAUUGUCCCUUACUCGCUCGAGCCCUGAAGGCGGAGGUGGUAGAUAUGUAGCUCAUGGUUUGGAUAUAGUUCUCUUUCACUCCUAUAUGUAUAAGCGUAUAAAAAUUUCAUCGCGCCAUAUCCCAGGCAAUUCCACUUUUGCAAAAUGGAAUCUUGAACUUUCCACGGAGGCAUCAUGGUGAAAAAAUCAUUUAAUUGUGUGUAGAUGACCAAUGUUUAGCGUGGUGUUGUACGGAAAAACGCUUUCAGAUAAAUAAUAAUUCAAAAAUCUAUUUAAAUAUA